AUGCAAUCAUUAGGAGAGUUAACCACACUAUAUCCAUCAGGAGGAGCUUUUGUAAAACUGGCUGAUCGAUUUGUAGAACCUGCUUUUGGUGCUGCUGUGGGUUGGAACUAUUUUAUCAUUUGGAUCGCAGUACUUGCUAAUGAGUAUAAUGUUGUUUGCAGUAUUCUUGGAUUUUGGAGUCAUAAAGUUCCUAUGUAUGGAUACUUUUUGAUGUUGUGGUCCUUAUUUUUGGGAUUCCAAUUAUUGGGUGUUGCAGCAUUUGGAGAGGCAGAGUUUUGGCUCGCUUUAGUCAAGCUUCUUGGACUGGUCGCUUAUUUUAUUUUUUCCAUUGUAUACGUAUCAGGAGGAAUUGUUAAUCAUACGGGAAGUGCUCUUGGAUUCCAUUAUUGGCAUAAUCCAGGUGCUUUUGCUGAUGGGUUCAGAGGAGUGGCUAAUGUAUUUGUGUUCUGUUCGACGUUUUAUGCUGGCUGUGAAUCAAUUGCUGUAGCUGCAACUGAGACUAAGAAUCCCAGAAAGGCCGUUCCUAAUGCCAUCCACCAAGUAUUUUGGAGAAUUAUUUUCAUUUACUUGGGAUCCGCUUUUUUCUUUGGUAUCACUGUACCAUGGGACGCUCCGGGUCUCAUUAGUGGUAAAUCCAAGGCUCUUCAAAGUCCCAUGACUAUUGCUAUUCAGAACGCUGGGUGGCAAGGUGGUGUUCAUCUAAUUAAUGCUUUCAUUCUCAUCACAUGUCUUUCUGCUAUCAAUAGUAGUAUAUAUAUUGGAUCCAGAACUGUGCUCUUCAUGGGUCAAGACCGCAAGGCACCAAGUUUUCUCGGCAAAACCAAUAGUCGUGGCGUACCAGUAUUUGCUAUUAUAUUCACUAAUUUGUUUGGAUUCUUGGCUCUCAUGAAUAUCAGCACUGGUGCGUCUCGUGCGUAUGGCUAUAUUGUCAAUCUGUCUGGUGUAUCAACCUUUUUAGUUUGGGGAUCAAUCUCGUUUAUUCAUAUUCGAUUCCGUCGAGCCUGGAUCAAACAAGGCUUCACGCCAGAUGAGCUUCCUUUCAAAUCUUUCCUCUAUCCAUACAAUGCGUACUUCGGUCUGGCAGCCAAUGUAUUCCUGGCCUUAGUUCAGGGUUGGAGUACUUUAAGUCCUUUCAAUGCCGGAAACUUUGUUGAUGCUUAUAUUUUGCUCCCUCUGUUUGCAAUCAUUUAUGUUCUCUAUAAGCUUAUCUUCAAAACCAAGUUUCUUCGGGCACAUGAGAUUGAUCUUGCGUCUGGUCGCCGUAAUGACAUGGAAUACGCCGACUCGACUGAUGAAACCGUUUCUUUAACUAAGAAAAAGAGCCUAUGGCAACGACUCAUUGACAGUUUCUAG